UUGAUCAUUAGAUAUCAUUCUUUAUCACGCUUUGUUUGAUAAUAUAUUUAUAUAAGCGGGUUGCAGACUCUCUUAUUGCCGCAUUACUGCUCUCAGCAAUCUCGAACAUGAACAAAGUCCAAAGUAAUGAGCAUUUUUGCGUUUUCAGGAAUCAAAUUCAAUUGUAAUUUGUACGAAUUGAGCAUAAAUCGAGAGAAAAUCUUGGAAAAUACUUGCGUUUUGCUUUCAAUCUGACAUGUGCAUUUCAAAUCAAUUAUAAGCUGUUUUAUUACUUUUAUUUGAAUCUAUUUUUUAAUAUUGUGGUUGCCUACAUAUAAGAACGAACGAGAGAGUACCAGUCAGUUUGCGUGCCAAUGUGCGUCGGCUAUAAGGGAAUGCUCCUUAUUUAUAUCACGAGUUGUUUUCGAGUACAGUAAAUUAUCUAAAUUUUCUUUACAGAAUGCUGCCGAGACAGUUUGUUUAUAAUACUCGAUUACGUACAAUAACACGAUGGUUUACACAUAGCACUAUUAAGCGAGAAACCAACAAAAUGGAUAAAAUUCCCACACAAAAGAGUGCUGAAAACAUAAAAGAAACAGAUGGUAUCAUAGGAACACGUAUGCAUCGUGUGACUGAUUUUGACAAGAGAGUACUGGUUUGGGUAAAACGAUAUCCUAGUAUUGCAGAUGUUCCAAAGGAUGUUACAGUGGAAUGUCUACUUACUGCAAGGAGUAAAGCACGCAUCAAGGCUUGUAAUUAUAUGAUUAUUGGUACGCUAAUUGGUUGUGUAAUUGCUGUAAUACUUGGGAAAAGGCAAGCUGCUAGAGGAGAAACUUUAAGUAAACAAAGAGAGGAUUGGUUUAAUGAGAUGAUGGCAAAAGAAAAAAAUAAAUAAACAUGCAAAUACUUGGAUACCGGAUGUAGAAAUAUUCAGGACAAGUUUCCUAAGAAGUAUAGAUUGAUAUUAUAAAUCAAAUGUUAUUGUUAUUAUUAUUUCAAAGUGAUAUUUUUCAUAAAGUAAUAAACAUUUAGUUUUGAUCUUUCAUAUUUGGUAUGUAAAACAGUCUUUAUAAAAUAGUAAUCUUUAGCAAUGAUAAGAUAAUAGAAUACACUUUAUGUAUAUGGUUAUAUUUAUUGUAAAAUUAUAUAUUCAAAUAUUGAGGUUUA